CAGGAUGCCCACAGGCCCUAUCACCUCAAGCUCCACUACCAUACACCUAGGAGCUCCAUAAACCAAGUGAAAAAAACGCCAUGAAGGCCCUCUACACCACCCUGGCCCUUCUGGUCCUCCUCUUGGCCUCUUCCUAUCUUCAAGCCACCAUGGCCGGCUCACCUUUUUGCGAUUCCAAGUGCAAAGUGAGGUGCUCCAAGGCAGGCGUUCAGGACCGGUGCCUCAAGUACUGCGGGAUAUGCUGCGAGGAGUGCCACUGCGUGCCUUCGGGGACCUAUGGCCACAAGGAUGAGUGCCCUUGUUACAGGGACAAGUACACUGGCUCUGGCAAGAGGAGAAGGCCUAAGUGCCCUUGAGACUCGUUCCGAGCCUAAGUACCUUCUAUAUAGCCUCUUUUAUUCCCCACUGGGCAGUGGUAACUGGUGGGUAAUCAUGUUAUUGUGUCUAUAUAUAAGAGUUGAUAAGCAGUGGGAUAAAUAAAGGAAGUUGUUUUUGGAGUGCCAUAUAUAUUGCUGUAUUUCUUCGUAUAGAUGUGAGAGUAGUGAUGGUGAGGGUUCGGAGAAAAUAAGAGAGAGGUCUGUUGUUAUUUUUGACGUUGUAUUUUCCCAUAUAUAUGUAUACCACCAUGUUCUUAUAUUUGUUUUAUUUAUAUGCUUGCACUGAACCUUUUGUUA